AUGCCGGGGUUCAAUGCCAACAACCCCCGCUGCCCCUGGAAGGGCAUCCGCAGGUUCACAGCCGCAUCCCUUGUAAGGCACAGCAGAGGCUUCGCCCGCGCUGGCGCGGGUCCGUCCCUGCGCCAUCACAGCGGUGCCGUGGGCAGCGUGGCACGGCACCCCCAGCCCACGCUGCGCACCCCCUGCCCUGCGCUCUCGCACGGCUGCGUGUCCCUGCUGGUACAGAGCCCCGGACUGCAGUCGGUCCUGGAUGGUCCUGCCAAUGUUUCCCGGGCUGCCCGGUGCCCGUUCCCGCGCAUCCAGCAUGGGAAGAGAGUAUCCGUUCCUCGCAAUUUCUACAGGACCGGGGACACCGUAAGCUUCGUGUGCAACACAGGGUACACCUUGCAGGGCUCCCGCACAAGCUGGUGCCGAGCUGACUCCAGAUGGAGCCCACCUCUGCCAGUGUGCAAAAAGGGGGUGACGUGUCCUCGGCCACCAAACAUCGCCAACGGGCUGCACAGUGGACAGUCCUCAAACAAGUUUUCCCGGGGGGUGACCGUGUACUACAGCUGCAGGGACGGCUACGAGCUGGUGGGGAACGCGUCCCUCAACUGCACGGAGAGCGGGGUGUGGAGCAGACCCCUGCCCCGCUGCGAAGCAAUUGGAUGUGAGAUGCCGGAGGUGCAGAACGGGAACAUUUACGCGGCAGAGGACACCUACGAGUCGCGGUGCCAGCCGGGGGGGACCUGGGAUCCGCCGGAGCUCAUCUGCCAGAGGGUCCGACCGUGCCCCAUGCCUCCGGACAUCACCAAUGGAUAUCACAACGGGCAGGGCAAAGCAGUUUUCACCAUGGGAAUGUCCGUAACAUACACCUGCAAUCCUGGCUACUACCUGGUUGGAAAUGCCGUUGUGUCUUGCAGAGUGUCUGGAAACUGGAGCCGUCCCGGCCCUCACUGUGAAGGGGUGACGUGUCCUCGGCCACCAAACAUCGCCAACGGGCUGCACAGUGGACAGUCCUCAAACAAGUUUUCCCGGGGGGUGACCGUGUACUACAGCUGCAGGGACGGCUACGAGCUGGUGGGGAACGCGUCCCUCAACUGCACGGAGAGCGGGGUGUGGAGCAGACCCCUGCCCCGCUGCGAAGCAAUUGGAUGUGAGAUGCCGGAGGUGCAGAACGGGAACAUCUAUGAGCCGCAGAGCACCUACAAAGCUGGAGAGACCCUUCACUUUGACUGUAACGCCGGUUACGCUGCAGAGGACACCUACGAGUCGCGGUGCCAGCCGGGGGGGACCUGGGAUCCGCCGGAGCUCAUCUGCCAGAGGGUCCGACCGUGCCCCAUGCCUCCAGGGGUCCGCAAUGGAUAUCACAACGGGCAGGGCAAAGCAGUUUUCACCAUGGGAAUGUCCGUAACAUACACCUGCAAUCCUGGCUACUACCUGGUUGGAAAUGCCGUUGUGUCUUGCAGAGUGUCUGGAAACUGGAGCCGCCCCGGCCCUCGCUGUGAAGGUAUCCCUUGUGAGCCUCCUCCAGACAUUCCCAAUGGGAAGCACACGGGCAGGCUGCUGGAUGAAUUCUACUUUGGCAUAUCUGUAACGUACACCUGCAACCCCGGGUACCCGCUCCACGGAGAGCCCUCCAUCUACUGCACCACCCACGACGGGAAAAACGGCGUGUGGAGCGGUCCCCUGCCGUGGUGCGGAGCUGGCUGCGAUGCACCCACCAGCCUGGUGUUUGCUGAGCUGAAGGAGCCGUACAGCGACCAGACCGUCUAUCCCGUGGGGACGACAGUGGAAUACGUGUGCCGGCCUGGGUACAGCCAGCACCUGGGGGUGCCGCUGGCCAUCACGUGCCUCGGGAAUCGGACGUGGUCUGAGGCACCAGAGUUCUGUAAAAGGAAACAGUGUGCUAACCCAGGGGAUCCGCAGAACGGCACAGCUCUUGUCCUGACGGACCUCCUCUUCGGGUCCAAAGUGAAUUACACUUGUCACAAAGGGUACAAGUUGGUUGGAGGCUCCCAGAGAACAUGCGAGGUCUCUGGCACAGGUGUCUCGUGGAGUGGGGAUGCUCCUGUCUGCCAGCGUAAGUAG